AUGUUGCAGGAAGAUUAUAUGGAAGCUAUCAGGUUGUGCGGACUGCGCAGGCCGAAGAAAAAUAACUUUAAAGAGUGGGUGAAGAAGGCUAUGGCGGAGUUUAUAGAUGAUUUAAAAAAAGUUGAUAUAACACUUGACGAUUUAGAUAGUUUGAAAAUCAUUCAUAUAAGUGGUACAAAAGGCAAGGGAUCUGUGACUGCUUUUUGUGAAAGUAUAUUACGAGCACAUGGACUAAAAACUGGAAUGUAUAGCUCACCACAUUUGAUAGAACUUCGUGAGCGAAUCCGGAUUAAUGGUUUACCGUUGUCGAGAAAUGACUUCAGUAAAUAUUUCUUUGAUGUGUACAAAAAAUUGGAUGCUAUUUCGGAGCGUUUCAGGUUACUGACGAUGGUAGCAUUGCAUGCGUUCUUACAGGAAAAGGUUGAUGUUGUCAUUCUGGAGGUAGGCAGGGGUGGGACAUAUGAUUGCACUAACGUUAUAAGACGUCCUACAGCCACUGGUAUAAACUUGAUUGACUUCGACCAUAUGCACGUAUUGGGAGACACUCUAGCUAAAAUAGCUUGGCAUAAAGCUGGUAUUUGCAAGCCUGGCCGACCUGCAUUCACAGUCCCACAAUCUAAAGAAGCCGUUGAUACCAUACUAGCUAGAGCCAAAGAGCUGGACGCACCAAUUCAUCUAGUACCUGAAUUGGAUGACUAUGAUUGGCAGGGACAACCUAAAAAGCUUGGUAUAUCAGGGGAAUAUCAGAAACGCAAUGCAUCUUUAGCAAUACAGUUGUGCAGAGCAUGGAUAAACGAGCAUAAAUCGAACCUCACUAGUUUUGAAGAUGUACAUACCAAUGCCAGUGUAGAAUACAGUAGUCUGACAGCUCCAGCAUUCAAGUUACCGGACGCAUUUAUAAAAGGUCUUCGAAACUGCUACUGGCCAGCACGUGCACAGAUCAUAAAGCGUGAGAAUGUGACUUACUAUAUGGACGGAGCUCAUACACAGCUGAGUAUCAAGGCUUGUGCUGAAUGGUUUGAACAAGCAUCAUCAGAAGAAGAAUUACUGCUCGGGAAACGUUGUGUGAAAGUUCUGCUGUUCAAUGUUACCCGCGAACGUGACCCCAAGGAGUUAAUGGUGGAUUUACUCCCUUGCAAUUUUGCAGGUGCUACCUUCUCUCCCAAUGUCGUUUAUGGUGAUUCUAGUCAGUCAUUAAUGGAUAGAUCAUUUCUUGGAGUAUCAAUAGAGGAAGAACAUGAUGUGUGCAAACAAAACAGGCAAGCUUGGCAGAGUUUAGAAGAGGAAAGAGAACGUAAUCCAGACUCCCCAUUGGAAGCAUCCUCUUCAAAAACUGAACCAGAUUCGCCAAAAUACGUGAAAUUUGAAUGUGUUAAGCACGCCUUACAGUGGUUAUCAUGUGGCAAAGAUUCUCAUAUGCCAAACCCGAGAUCAGAGGAUCCAACACCACCGCAAAGUAUCAUGGAAGCAGACCAUGUACAGGUUCUGGUCACCGGAAGUCUAUAUUUAAUUGGCUGUGUUAUCCACGUUCUUGAUCUUGAUGUUAUUACAAAGGGGAUUAAGCAUGAUGCACAUGCUUGUUAA